AUGAAACAGAGAAAUCGUAACGGAAGAAAUAACAGCAGUAACAGCAACAAAAAUAGUAUUAAUAAUAAUAGCAACAAUGGAAAAUUGAAUUCUACUUCAUCUAUAUUUGCCAAUCCUAAGCUAAACGACUUGGAAAAGAAGAAGCAGGGUCUUCGUAAUUCACUUUUUCAGCGCAAAGCCAAUAAGGAAAAUGUUCAAAGAAAGGUAUCUGCCAAUACAAUGCAGUUUUCUGCUCAAGAAUUAAGUCGAACUGGUCAAUUGAUACCUAAUCCUGAAUCGUUUGGAUUCCACCGUAAUAAUAAGAAUAUUCGGCCACGGCCAGUGCCGAAGUACCUAUUGGUACAAACUCGUUUAUUGCAUACACCUCCUUUUGUUCAGAACCAAUGGGACAAACAGAACCAGGACAAGAUGGUAGCCAUGGAAAAUGAGAAUGGAGGAAGAGAUGCACAGGGACUCUAUGAGCAGUUUCAGAAAAUGAGAGAAGUGGAACGGAAACAGAUGGAGAACUUGGGUCUUGUAGAUGCUGAGAAUAUCAGUAAGGACUUGAACGACGCCAUUUCGUUCCAAGGAUCUUGUUUGGACAUGUGUCCUGUCUUUGAGAGAGUCAGAAGAUCAUUGGAAAACAACGUGAAGGCAUUAGAAAAAGAUCCAGCUACCGGGAAGAUCUCCAGACAAAGAGCUGUGAAAGCAUUUUCCAGACCAGCUGCUGGCCAACCUCCUCCAUUACCGUCGGAAGUGCGUCCCCCAAGUGUGCUCGUGCAAUCUUUAGAUUACCUUGUGGACACCGUAGUUGAUAUGCUCCCAGAAGCACAUUCGUUUAUCUGGGAUAGAACCAGAUCCAUUCGUCAGGAUUUCACGUACCAGAACUCCUUUGGUCCUGAAGCCAUAGAUUGUAAUGAGCGGAUUGUCAGAAUCCAUUUGCUCUGUUUUCAUGUCAUGGCCGGCAGCGAAGUUGAAUUCUCGCAACAACAGGAGUUGGAGCAGUUCAACAAGGCAUUACAGACAUUAAUUGAAAUCUACCAAGAUGUACGAAAUCACGGGGGUGCAGCACCAAACGAAGCUGAAUUCAGAGCAUAUCAUUUACUUAGUCACAUCAGAGACCCGGAGUUGGAAAGAGAAAUACAGAAGCUACCACCAGAUAUAUUUCAGGAUUCUCGUGUGCAACUUGCAUUACAGUUCAGAAGCAUUAUAUCUCAAAACAAUGUCGUUGAACGAGGUGUUACUGUUUCAGCUGGAGCUGUCAACUUGUUUGUAGAGUUCUUCAGAAAGGUUUACAGCAGCCAAACUCCUUUCUUGAUGUCGUGUCUUCUCGAGAUUCAUUUCAGUGAGAUUCGCUUUUACGCUUUAAAGGCAAUGGCAAGAAGUUAUCACACAAAGGGUAAGGCUUAUUCCGGUCAAGUAUUGACUAACAUGUUGGGUUUUGAUACACUUGAAAAAUUGGUCAAAUUUGUAACCUACUACGAAAUUGAUACCUUUCAGGAUGGUCAGGAUAUCUUGGUCGAUUUGUUCAAUAAAGAGAAGCUUGAAUCAAAGUAUAAAUUAAACUCGAUUACUGAAAAACCUAGACAGCUGCCAGUGUACUCACCACAAUUGGAUGUGAAAAUCCCUGGCUCUUACAAGCAGAUAAUUAACAGUGGAAAACCAAAUGGAAAUUUAGCGUUAAACCAUCAGAAAAUUGAUGCACCAGUAUUAUCAAAACCAGAAUCUGCAUUUACACAACCAUUCUCAAUACCUUCAUUCGCCGCAUCCAAGUCAACUUCGACCGCUAUACAUCCUUUACAAACAUCGACAUCUAUAUUUGGUAAUCAGUCUCAACCGACAAAUAACCCUUCAUUCCAGUCAAAGGACACAUCAUUUAAAACAUCUUCUAGUAAAGCCCCAGCUUCUUUGUCUUCAGAUAUCCAGAGCCAGAAUAUCCACAAGAGGGGGCAGGAACCUUUAUUGGCUCCUAAUUUUGCCAAAAGUGCAUCUGCUACUGUUUCCAAUAAGUCUCCACAGUUCAAUUUGGGAAACCCAUCGUUAAAGUUGAAAAACGAUAGUUCAGCUAUCUCAUUUACUCCACCAAUUAAGUCAUCAAAACCGGUUAUUAACAUCACCAAACCCACUUCCGUAAAGUAUGAAGCUGAGGAGCCUCCUUUUGUUAAGUCGGUACCGGCAAUAAUUGAGACGCCAAUAAUUAAGAAACCCACGGUAGUUCUUAGGAAGUUGUCAAGUUUACCCCAAUAUCCAGAGGCAGUGAAACAGAUAUUUGACAGCAUUCUUCAGGGAACCAUUGAUCACGAGUUGAGUGCACUUCUUCCCCAGUUGAUAAAACGUCAGAAUCGUCAUCAAGAACACAAACAGAUCAUAGGUUCACUUAGUGAAGAGUUAUAUGAUGCAUUCAUUUCUGAAAUUGUUUAUCAAACUACAUUAGAGUCACGAGCAGUUGAGUUCUACAAUCACAACUUGAAGUUGAGAUACAUCGAGAAGGUUAUUGCUGUGGGUAUAGCUGCUCAUAAAAAGAGUGAAUUAAAGAGAAACAAACUAGCUGAAUUAAACUCCAUCUCUUUCAAGGUACCUGUUCAUAAGAGGAAGAUAUCCACGCAUGAUGGAAAUGAUUCGAGAAUCGUCAAGAGAAGAAUUGCUUCUCGAGAUAUUAGCUCUUCUUCAGUAGUUCAAACACAAAGAUUGGUUCAUGAAUUGUGGUUGCCUCUUGAUUAUGACAAGUUUAUUGGACAGUGUUGUUCAAACAUCAAGAUUGACAUUGAGAGUGAGAGUAUUCAAGUCAAAUUCUUGUUGAUUGUUGAGAAUUGGGGUUCCCAGUAUUCCAAAUGGCUCAACACCAAGAUGGAACUUAAUUCCAAUCCUCAGAGACAGGUAUAUGAGAAAACGGUGAAGAAUGACAAGUUAACCAUAGAUAUAUUGAGUCUUCCGCCGACGAACUACUUGAACAAAGAGUUUUUCUCUAACACUUCAUUCUUGCUUUUUGAGUGUGGACUCACGACUUCGGCAACAAUUCCAAUUACAGCAAAGCUUGAGCGCGAUAGAUCUGUUUUAGAUAAGAUUGUGUCCUUGGUCGACAAGUUCAGUUUGUACAAGGUACAGAUUUUAAUUCUUUUCUGGGAUGCCUCUGGAUCGUUGAUUUCAAAAGAGGAAGUGAAACAAAGGUUGUCUAUUGCCGAAUUUGAGGGAAAGGAUAAUGUUAAAGGCAUUAUUUUGUGCGAUAUGACAGUUCAAGAUAGUAACAUUGGAGAGGUGUUCAACGGAGGCUUUGUCAAACUUUCCAAUUCAUUUAACGGAGAAUUAACUAGAAGAGGUUCCAAGAAGAAGGCUCAAAUUCGUAAAAAUCGAAACCAAAACUCGACAUUUUUGAAUAUCAAUACCUCAACAGCAAAUAAUUCUUUGGCCAAUGAGACUACCUUGAACAAUGUUUCCAUAUUGGCUGGAUUUGGCAAUGGUGUAGUAGAAGAAAGCACCCUAGACAAUUCUCCUUCAAACAAGAAGUUUGCUGUGCCGGAUAACAAAACAGUUCCCAAGAAGAUCCAACAGUUGCGGGAUCUCACGGCCGGAAUCAGGUCCAAGUAUAGCAGAAAGCCGUGA